AUGCCACGGUUGUUGUGCAUGGCUAUCGUUGCAGAGAAGAGUGGGGGAGGAGUUGUCAGUGGCGGCGACGGUAGCAGCAGCGGCGGCGGCAAUAGCGGCGGUAGUGGCAGCGGCGGUGGAGCUCCUGCGCCACCUGUGUGUCUCUCUAGGUGCGUAGAUAUAGAGGGUCUGUGUGUGUAUCCGGGGCCUGUGCGUGCAGCUAGGGCUUCACGUAUAAGUACGCGUCAAUGGUUUGGUAUCUUUUAUACGCAAACGCACACAUGGUUGGAUAUGUGUGUCUCUGGUGCGUUAGAUAAGUGUGGACAUGUGUUGCAGCGCAAGCCUACAACUGGCGAGAAACUGUGA